CAUGGCACAUCGAACUUUUGUAUAUUUCCCGUUUUAUUUUUUUCUUGCGUUUGCAAUUGGUAAAUGCUCUCACAGAUGGGGAAUCCUGCUUUUUUUUAUUCCUUUUUUUUUGUUGACCAAACCACCAACUCUCAGCUUAUAUGAAAAGGGAGACGUACUAGAUAAUUCAUUUUAUUUGUUAUAGAUCCUCGAGAGACGCACCGCAAGUGUUUCGGGAAAAAUAGGAAAAGGUUCAAGAAAAUUACUUUUAUAUUUUUAUAAGAAUAACAGUCGAGGGAAUUCAGUUGUGCACCACAAGCCAUGCGGGGGUGUGACUACAGUCAUUGGGGUCUAUAUAUUGAGAUGUUUUGUCCGUUGGCUUUAUGUGAAUGAGAGAAGCUGACCGGUGGACGGUACGCCUCCUCCUUUCAAAUAGUCUCGUACCAUACUAUGGAUUCCUAUUUUAGAGCACUUUGCAUGACUUUUGUCUUGGCAUCAUUCACUCGGAGGUCAAGUGCGACUGGACCGGUUAUCAAAUGCGAGCCAUGUGAUGUUGGAGCGCGGCUCUUGUGCAAACCUUUGCCUAAGGACUGCGCUGAAAAAGUCCGCGAACCAGGCUGCGGUUGCUGUAUGACCUGCGCGUUGAGCUUCGGACAGCCGUGCGGCGUGUACACCGGGCGAUGUGGCUCCGGACUGACCUGUCAGCAUCAGCCGGGUGAAACCAAACCUCUGCAGGCUCUGCUGGAGGGACGCGGGAUUUGUGCAAACACCACUAACAGGAAACCAACGGUCAGACCAACACGUCCAGUUAACGAAUUGCCAGCAGAUAAUACAGAGACUCAGGACAAGGAGCAGGAUUCCACCAGUUUAGGUCUUCAAACGAUUUGUGGCACCCACAGACCUACUGGACCACUUCACACCUUCUUCUACUCUGAAAAGUCAGAUAUGUUCAUACGAGAACAACUGAAGAAACUCCUGAGCUUACAAAAGGAGGAUCUUCCAGGACCACUCACCACAGACCAACAAAACUUUUCUCUAGAAACCAAACAGGAGCCUGAAAAUGGUCCCUGUCGAAGAGAGAUUGAGAGCAUUCUCAGCAGCUUCAAAAUCACCAACAUCCUCAGCCCCAGAGGUUUUCGCAUACCAAACUGUGACAAGAAGGGUUACUAUAAGAAAAAACAGUGCCGUCCAUCCAAAGGCAGAAAGCGAGGCUUCUGUUGGUGUGUGGACAAAUAUGGGCAGCCUUUGACAGGGUUUGAUGGGAAGGAACGAGGAGACGCCCUGUACUACAACUCUGAGAGCCAAUAGGAGCAAAGCAGGAUGGGAGGGAGGGAGGUUGGGAAUGAACAAGAAGAAUUGUAAACAAAUGGAGACACUGAGGAUAUUGGAAGAGAGGUCAAAAGAUGGCUCGACCGAUAUAUGGAUGUUUGCUAUUUCAAUCUGUCGCCUGUGGGACCUUUUAUUUCUGAAGCAGAGCAAGGGAACAGAGUAAGUGUAACAGAAGGAAGAACCUGGACUUUUAUGCGAUGGAUGGAUUCCUCAUAAGCUGUUUCAUUCCUGACUCUGCCUGGAUAACUUAAAGAAUUAAUUGCAGAGGUCUUAAACUGAUUAUAAAACAGAGACACAUCACAGUGAUCAGUGUGCCCUUCAUUUACUCACAAAUAAUUGGCAUUGCAUACGUGUACGUGCUUGUGAUAUGUAAUCAUUAAUUGUAUGCUUUGUGAUUUGUUAUGAAGACUGUGUGGUCACUGUGACCAUGAAAUAUAUGCCUGUAUGAAAUGCCCUUCAGUGUAACAUGCAGUGCCUUACUAUGAAUUCCUAUGAGUUGCAUUGUUUCCAGUUGCUUCCUGCUCCACAGGGUGUUGGAUGUGACUGUGGAGUUCAAACACUACCAUGCAUUUUGAGUUUUUUCAAUGCUGGAUUUCAAGCCACAGAGAGAGGGACAUUUCUUUUACUCUGUAAUGUGACUGUUACUGUUUCGUGACUUUGCAUAAGCUGAAUACUUGAGAUAAAGGCCUCUGCCAUAAUCUUUGAUUUCCAUGUAGCCAAUGAUAGUGUUUCGCACUUGUCUCAACUUAAGUAAAUAUUUUUGUAUAUACAA